AAACGACAAACUGCGCGACUGCGGCUGGUCGGACACGGUUUCUAGGGGUGGACGCCGUCGCGCUGGUCACUACGGCUCCGCAAAACAGCGGCACAGAUGCGACACGGGGAGAUUCUUCGCGCCGGGCCCUUCCGGUAGCAAAACAAGUAUGAGCGCCCGGCCCAGGCCCGACCGCGAAGCGGCCACGCCGUGGUGUCAACGAACCCCGUCCCACAGGGUGGACGCCGUGUGACAGCGGCCGCAGCGCAUCGGCGAACGGGAGAGAAAAGGGUGGUGACAAACCAGAAAAAACAAGAGAAAAACCCGCUGCCGCGCCUCCGUCCCGUGCCGCGCGGCCGAAAAAAAGCCCGAGGAAUGCCGAAACGCAAGACGCCCAAGCCUCUGUACCGGCUGUGCGUCGUCUACGUCGCCGGGACCAUCCACUCGCUGUGCCCGGCGCACGACGACGCAGUCGCCAGCAGCGUCUUCCCACCGCACGUGAGCGAAGACCUGGUGGAUGCGCUGCAGUCGUACAAGCAGUCCAACUUCACUUCGUUGCACCACCUGCUCACGCACCGGUUGCGGCGCGUCAAGCUCAGCUUCAUCGACUGCCACCUGCCGAUCGACAAGCCGUCGCGGCUGCCCCGGCUCCUGCGCCAGAUCUCGGUGCACGGCAAGCAGCUCGUCGAGCUGUCGCUCGUCGGCGCCGUGCACCAAGACGACGCGACGCUGGUCGAUGCGCUCGGCAAAUUGCCCCGUCUCCGCCGGCUGACGCUGUGCCUGUGCAACGUCACCGACCGCGUCGUGGUCUCCAUCGCCGAGCACUGCCGGGAGCUGUGCGAGCUGAAGCUCUCCGGCCAGCGCAUCACGGACGAGAGCCUCUACCUGCUGGUGGCGUGCGAGCAGCUGCGCUCGCUGCUGCUCGAGAGCGACAUGUGCUUCGACCCGCGCAUCACCGUGUCGUCGUCGUUCCACCUGCUUCGCGGGCUGCCGCGGUUGCAGACGCUCAAGAUCCCGUUCCUGACCGAGGCGCUGCUCCUCUUCCCCGCCGGCUGCAAGCUGGCCCUCGUCGAGUACAUGGAGCGCAGCCUCAGCCCGCUGCUUCAGUGCACCACUGCGCUGCCGCACAUUGUCAGCAUCUGCCCUCUGCUGACGCGUGUCAGUCUCAUCCUGACGGGCCAGGAGGGAAUCCUGCCACUGGGCCUCCUCAAGUCGCUGACUGAUCUCACCCUACGAGUAAUUUCAAACACGUCGGAGAUCUUCUUUCGCCGGCAAGUGGAGCCCGUCCUCAAGAUGGUUGGGCCUCACCUAAAGACACUCACCCUGUCUCUGCCCGACUUGGAUGUUGCUGCCAUAAGCGAGCAUUGUCCGGUGCUGACAGACCUGGAGAUGGAAGACCUGCGGACACUGAUCCUAUCGGACCAACCAUCCGUUCUGCAACACACCCACUUCGGGCGGCUACAGCGGCUCAAGUUCUUCCCUCACGAGAUGAACACCGUCACGCCAGAGCAGCUCUUUGGGAUGCUGCGCAACGGCGGCAAACUGACCGAGGCGUGCCUGGGGUGGUGCCAGCUGACGGAUGCUUCUCUGGAGGCUCUUGUUGCUUCCGGAACCUUUGCCAACCUCCGCGAGUUUGAGCUAAACGAAGUGGAGUACGUGUCGGGUGCGGGACUUCGAUCGCUUGUGGCGGCCGACAGCGACCUGGCCUCUCUGACUGUCUUUGGCUGCGACUACGUGACGCGGGCCGACAUUGAGCAGCUGCGGGAGCAGGUGGCUCAGCAGAACCUGGACCUUGUGAUUCGCUACUUUGAGCUCUGAGGCAUAACGUCUGUGGGUGUGGAUGCUGUGAGAGCGUGAGUGGGUGUGGAUGUGGUGAAUUGUGUAUGGCCUGUUGUUCUGGACUGUGAUGACCGCGCUGGAUUUGACAUGUUCGCAGAAGGAGUGUCGAGGACAGAAUGGGCUUCGGCUCAAGGUUGUUGCGAUUCCGGCGCCAGUGCAGCUGUUUCUGUUGCUCCAUUUUCAACAGCACCACCUACAACAGGCACAAGCAGAGAGAACGCAGGACAUGGUGGAGCAUGUCUUGUGUUAUUUUUGCUUUGCGUGUCCCUGUUGCAAGUGGUACUGUUGAUGGAUCGUUACCAACUUGCCCACUCUGUAAUUCCAGUACGUUUGCUCAGCUGUAGGAGUCGUAUAUUGCAGUAGCAAGUGUCGGUGCAGCUUGGGAGCGGCAUCAAGUUCAGCCAGAGGUCGGCCUAGUGACGAGAAGCUGCCAUCAAUUUGCAGUGACUGGGCACAGUCAGACAGAAUCUGGCUGUUGUGCUUUAGCAGUAGGUUUGUGAAGCUGGCUGGUGUGUCUUAUUGCAGACUGUCUGACGAAAACAAUCAUGAAUGCUGCCGAUAAGUUAUUCGGAUUUAUGCUGAUGAUCUCGUAAGCUUGGUUUGUUGCUUUUUUGGAGAGGCUUUUUUGACGAAAGCAAGGUAUUCACAGUUGAUUGCUAGUUAAAGGGUGUCUAGCAACCUUGAAAAGCUGGAAAAUUAGGGAAAUUUUGAGCAGCUGGAGAGCUCGAGGAAUCGUGAGGGAAGCUUUUUUAAAGAAGCGAAGUUAGGGAAAAAAAUGACAGAGUGAGCAGUUCACUUUGCAAAUUCAUUAAGGUCGGUUACCCCGCAAACCUUUCACUGUCUUUGCAGCACCUCAAGUCAGCUUUCCUGCACAGUAAUUAUUUCCUCUAUUGCCUUAUCAAGGGGAAUAAUCCUUAAAUUAUGUGCAGCACUGGCUUUUGGCCUGACAUGGAUGUAUCUUUAACCCCUGCAUCCUUUCGCAACCUUCUGAUGUGGCAGAGUUGUUUCACGCAGGGCUUGCCACGCAGUGAAGCAUCUUGUAUGUAGUGAUGGAGCUUAUUGAAGCGGCAGGAGCGAAACUAGCCUGGCCCUUAGGGUACAUGCCAACAUCACCACCAGCAGUUUUUAAUGCGAAUAGCUCAGACCAGUUCUGUUUCCGACUAUCUAGCUAUCCAUUAUCCCACAAAAAAAGGUGGGCUGAUCCCGAAGAUAGUGCAGUCUAAAAAUGUGGGCAGUUUGUGUAGGUUUGUGCCACACGUGCUGCUCUUCAAUUAACCUUUUUUGGCGGCUACUUGGGUCCCUGUGUAUGUUACAACUGGAGUGUGCGCAGACUUCAGGUUGCUGCCACCAGAUGGCACAGUGCGUCCAGAGGGAAACGCAAGAGAGGAACCCAGCGCAUGCCUCUGAUGCGCUUUGACUAUUCGCACACUUGGAUAGUCAUUGUCGAUGAGUUCUGCCCAAAUUCUUUGGUUUAUACCACGUAGCUGUCGCAUAGUACCCAAUAAGAACAUGCUUUUAUUACGCAUAAGCGUUAGGGGGGCAGUCUGCUAGUGAAGUCUGCGAUGGGUAGUGCGAAGCCGCGAAGGAAGCGGACGAGGAAGGCGCCUGGAGGUGGUGAAGAGAACCGCGUGCCUGGGAAAGUACGAAGGAGCGCGUGGCAACGCAAGUCUAGGGGACGUUGAGCGAAAUGGGAAAGGAGAGAAGAGGCAAAGCUUCGCGGAGGAGGAGGGUAGGGGGAGGUGCGCUGGGUUGACCUUCUCUGGCAUUUGCUACAGGUGCUGUGCGUAAUGGACGUACGGGGUUCGUCUUGUGAUUGCGCCGUACGCUGUAUGCGUGAGUGAAAGCGUGCGAUGGUGAGCCAACGUUGGCAGCUCAAUCUCGCGCACGCAAGAGAGGAAAGUGGGGAGAAAGCACGCCGUCUUCCCACCGAGGGGGGGGGGCUUUACUCCGGAAGCUGCUGCUUAUGGGCCGGCUGCCCAAGCACCAUCUUGAAAGCGAUCUGCGAUGCGGACAGUCUAGACAUUGAGGUGCACCGAGGGGGCCGAUAGCUUCAUGUGCGCUACAGCACCCAUAUGCUUGCGCUCACCCGCGUUCACGAAGUGAAACGUCGCUAGAACUUUUCACCUCCAGCAUAAAUUAGCGCAACAAAUCCUAGUGGGUUGUGCUUUUGCGGACACUGUGUGACAACAUGCUGAGGGACCGUAAGUAGAGGAAGAGGUGGACACAACAUGGAGCUGAAGUGCAGGGAUGCCACGACUACAUCACUAAUGCAUUGUUGCACUAUUAAAAAACUGGUUGUAAUAAUGUCUUCAUUCACUACUAUACGGCUGCUAUGUCGUAUAAACUCAAUCUGCCACACCGAAGGAAGCUUCUGCUACCCAGCUGUCUUGAGGCUUUUGCAAAGAGUCCAUUCUUUUGAAGAAAUGUUUGCAUAAAGCAUGAAUUUGUAAUCAAAGCAUGCAGUGCUUAGUUGAAAAAUAUUAUAGGAGGAACUGCGUGGCAGUACAAUGAAAAGUACACAUCCAGCACUCCUACGGCAUUCUCGCAGGAAAUUGGUUAGGCUGCAUCAAGGGCGCAGCUGCAGUUGGGUGCAUAAAGCACCUUGGGCAGUCUGCAGAGGAUAUGUGGGCACAAGGGUUCAGGAAUGGUCUAACCAAAUACGCAAGUUACAUUUAUUUACGCAUUAGAAAGCUUGCAUGUCUAACUUGUGUUACAGCUAGUGUGGGUCUUAUGGUCCAAUUUUGUAAUCGUGCUUGCUCCCUAUUCGUAUUGGACCCGCCUGUUUGGCAGAGGGUGUUUGGGCACUAGGGUAAAGGCAGGAUCCCCCCCUUCUGCUGGUGGUGCCUGAGGCUGCCCUGCGCUGCUCUAGCCCGGCGCACUCUUAGAUGGUUGGGGCUCAUGCGUUUGCCUCAAUCUCGUGCACUUGCACUCUCCAUGGAGACGGACACUCUUCGCUAAUGUCAAAGGGGUUGAAUAUCCCUCUGUCUUGCUGCAAGAGUCUCUAGAUGCCACUUUUGGACCCUCCGUGUAGAACGCAUGGGGGGGGGGGGGGGGCACAGCUGAGCAAGCGUGAAAUAUUUUGCAACACGUUGCACAUUUGUAUGCCUUACAAUUCUUGACAAACUACAGUUUCAGUUUGAUAAGUAAUACCUACUUUUUCACAGUGAACUCUCUCGAACGCAACCAUUCCUGCUUGGAUGCGCAAACAUGCUGCCGAGCUAAACUUCUCUGAAAGCCGCGCGCGAGGCUCAAUUUAACUUCGAUUGCGUCAUCCGUGACACGACAACUGCGCCAUCAUCGCACACAACACAUGCGUUGUUGAGUAGAGGCUUCUUUCCUUUGCGCAACUACAGUUAAACCUGGAUAUAACAAAAUUCACAAAUUCCCGAAAAACUUUGUUAUAAAGAGGAUUUCAUGCAGGUUCGGCACGAAAAUUCGAAAAAGAAACGCUUACCGUAUUUACUCGAUUCUUACCGCUUACUGAUGGCGUCUAUGCUUUGUAUAAGGCCCGUUAUAGUCCGACGUUAUCGGCGCGUGGGCCAGCGCCGUUUGCAGGCCAGUCACGCUACGCUGGUUGCGCUGCAGCCAGCCGAAACGCUAUCUUCUCUAUACUCCGACGCGCGCCAACGGCUGUCUACAACCGUCAGUGAAGCGGCGUGCGUGGGAGCCUUUAUUUCUUCGUGCGAAAUGGCAUUGUGGGUCGGCGGAGCCGGCGCGACCAACGCGCGAAUGGGUCAGGAGCCAAUUCGGUGCCAGGCCCUGUCGGGGCACGCCGGAAGCCUCCGGUUACGUUGGUAGUUUUCGCCAACGUGACGUAGCGCGCGCGCGCGCUCCCUGCUUGCCUUACGUCGGACUAUAAACUAAAGUGGCUUUACUAUAAACGGCCCUAUGUGUCAAUUAGUGUCAGGUUAGUGAAGUGAAGCGCAGAGCCUUGCGCAGUAACCAAAGAGUUGCGCUGCCAGCGCGUUGAAAAAAAAAAGGUUUUUUAUUUCUUCGGCAACAUAAACUGGAAACGGAGAGCGCCGGCUUGGCGGGCUAGGCCAGCUGCAGCAAGCGGCAGGAUCGGAUUUGAAUGAAGGGAGGGGGAAAGGUCAUGCCCGCGGCGGCAAGAUCGCCGGGUUGAGGGAUGCAGGCCUGUAUCGCGCACACUUGCAUGCACACGUGCGCUCGCUCUCGCCUCGCAGUCGUCGUGAAUUCAAGCGCGCCAAGCGUGAUGCCUCCGCUUCGUGUUCCGUCGCGGCGGAGAAGGUGCUUCUGGUUACUGCUCGUGCAAAAAUGACAAAAAUUUUGGGCGAAAUCUCUAGGUUGUCGGCGGGGAAAAUUCGUUAUUUCGAGGGGGUCUCCCGCUGCCACUUCGUUGCAUAGAGGUCUCAAAUACAUGUGCUUCUAUGGAGUAACGGCGGGUAAUAGAAAAACUUUGUUAUAUCCAGGAAUUCGUUAUAUGGAGGUUCGUUAUAAGCAGGUUUAACUGUACACCAAAGUACGGUGCCCGAGUAUGGUUGCAAAGUUAUAAGCGAUAAUGCUAUAACACGUUUCGAUUAGAUCGGUUUUGGCAGGCGACCCCCUUAGACUGUAUUUCUAAGCACAUCACUUUGGCACAUCACUUUGGCAAGCCAAAUUGAGGCAUGCAUUGCAGCGAAAAUGUACUGCGGAACAUUUACACUGAGUAGAGCCCUGGACACAACCUAUAAAAUAUUUUUCUUGCUUAAAAUAUAGUUCGAUUAAAUUUCCACAAAAAAGCUAGUACAUGUCGAAUGCACUAUCACUGGUAUCCUUAGGUGGACCACGACAAUGUGCAACUUACCACUUAACACUCGGCAAAAGUUUGGUUUUUCUUAAAUUCAAGAUAAUUCUUUCAUUAAAUUGUGUGUUUGUGGCAUUCCUAACCAUUUUUAGCCAAUUAUUCGUUUAAAACUAUUAAUAUCAGAUAAAGGACAAUGAACAAAGCUAGAGUAUCUAUUCAAGAAAGGCACCCUUGGUUUCAAGGUGUGUGUUUUGCUUUCACACAAGAAAUUAAGCACAAAAAAAAGUGAGAGAUUCAUCCAUGAUAAUUGUCGAAGUUAUGCGAAAGCAUUGGCACAACACUUUAUUCAACCUUCAUUACAGCCGACUUAGUGGAACGUGACGGUGCGUCCAUUUGGAUUUGUUGCUUUUGCAGCCAAACUCUGCACG